AUGUCUGAAGUGAGGAGGCAUUCCGAGCGACUCACCAACGGAGAUGAUGGAGUGGUGAGCUCAAUUCGUGACGUGCCUGUCACCGAGCAACGAAGACCGUACGUGAGCACAAAAGGCUCAAAGCUUCAACACACCGGUACCGCCCGUGCAAAUCUCGCUCCAUCAGCAGAGUCGCCUCAAGGUACCAAAGGCUGGGCGGAGCAGCAUUCUCACCAGACUGUUCUGCAACAACAUUGCGACUUCUUUGAUCGCGAUCACGAUGGGAUCCUAUGGCCACAAGACACAUUCGUAGGCUUCUAUCGUCUCGGAUUCGGUGUCAUUCUAUCCAUGAUCGCGGUGUUCGUGAUUCAUGCGAACUUCUCAUACCCUACAUGCGAGGGUUGGCUGCCUGACCCGUUCUUUCGUCUUUUUCUUAAGAAUGUGCAUAGGGACAAGCAUGGCAGUGAUACCGGGACAUACGACCACGAAGGGCGCUUUCUGCCACAGAAGUUCGAGGACAUAUUCGCGAAGUAUGCUGAGGGGAGGGACUACCUAACGAUCUGGGACGUAAAGAACGUGCUCGCAGGGCAACGGUGCAUUGCUGAUCCGAUUGGAUGGGGUGGUGCCUUUUUUGAAUGGAUUGCCACGUACAUAAUGCUUUGGCCUGAAGAUGGCCGAAUGAUGAAGGAAGAUAUCCGUGGCAUUUACGACGGUAGUAUAUUCUACACUCUUGCUGCGAGACGAGAGAAGGGCUCGUGA